AUGCUUUCUUCUUUCUCUAUUCCUUCCCUUCUUCUUUUGGGUUCAGGAACUCUUGCUGCGACUGUUAGCAAGAAGCUCACUAUCGGCAAUGCGGAGCUCAGUCCAGAUGGCUUCAAGCGAACCGGUGUCACUGUCAAUGGUCAAUUCCCUGGACCACUCAUAACGGCCAACGUCGGUGACACUUUCGAACUCACCGUCGCCGACGACUUGAAAGACGAGUCUCUCGCCCUUGUAACUUCGGUUCACUGGCACGGUUUCUUUCAACAUGGAACGAACGAAAUGGAUGGAGUGGCUACUGUGAACCAAUGUCCCAUUGUACCCGGCAAAGAGUUCACCUAUAAGUUCGAUGUGACCGACCAAGCCGGAACUUACUGGUAUCACUCACAUUACUCUACCCAAUACUGCGAUGGACUUCGUGGCCCUCUUGUUGUUUACGACCCUCAUGACCCGCACAAACAUCUAUACGAAGUUGACAAUGAAGAGACGAUCAUUACCCUCAGCGACUGGUAUCACUUUGCUUCUCCCCAGGCACCGGCCAUUGUUUACUUCAAUAGCACGCUCAUUAACGGAAAAGGCCGCUACAUUGACCCGGUUGGAGAGAACCUUGGCCAUGAUCUCGCUGUCAUCAACGUCGAGUACGGCACGAAGUAUCGCAUGCGCUUAAUCUCCAUGUCGUGCGAUCCGAACUUCAUCUUUUCCAUUGACAACCAUGACAUGACGGUCAUUGAAGCUGAUGGUUCCAACGUUGAACCGCUCAAGGUAGACUCAAUCCAGAUCUACGCAGGACAGCGCUACUCCUUCGUGCUUGAUGCCAACCAGAAGCCGGACAACUACUGGAUCCACGCUCUGCCUCAGUCUUCUAGCAACAACCCCAACGCUACCACGUUCGAGCAUGGCCUUAACUCAGCUAUACUCCGCUACAAAGGAGCCCACGACGAAGAGCCGCAUGCCAAAGAUAACGCCACCACGCCUUCGCGCCUUCCCCUCGUUGAAACCAACCUUCACCCGCUCGUACCCACCCCGCCUCCGCAGGUCGCAGACAAGACCAUCCCCCUUCAGAUCUCCUUGAACGGCAGCUUCUUCGUCAACAAUCACACGUACACCCCGCCGGAGACGCCCGUUCUCCUUCAGAUCCUUGGCGGCAAUAAGACUGCACAGAGCCUCGUACCCGAGGGUAGCAUCUACGAGCUUGAGCCCAACACGGUCGUUGACCUGAUCAUACCCGGUGGCUCUCUCGGCGGACCUCACCCGAUGCAUCUCCACGGCCACCAAUUCUGGGUUCUUCGCAGCGCUGGCAACUCCUCCCUCAACCUCGUAGACCCCGUUCUUCGUGAUGUAGUCAGCGCCGGCAACUCUACCGACGACGAGGUCACCAUCCGGUUCAAGACGGACAAUGCUGGUCCUUGGAUUCUCCACUGCCAUAUCGACUGGCACUUGAACAAUGGCCUCGCCGUCGUCAUGGCUGAGAACAUCGACCAGGCUGCCUCCUCUAACCCUGUACCGUCUUCUUGGGAUGCCCUCUGCCCUGCAUACGACGAGUUCGUCGCUGAGCACCCCAAUGCUUACUAA